AGGGUUAUCCUUCCGAGGCCAUUAAUUACCGUGGUUUCACAGUUUUACCAGUUAUCUGCAAAAUUAUUGAGACUAUUGUCAAAAACAGAAUUCAGAGUAGUAUUUAAUCGGUACAAAACAGAACGCAAAGAGGUUUUACCAAUGACCAUCUACUUUCGAUUUCAAAAAGUUACAGAAAAAGAUCGAUGGUUAUUUCCUCCCAUAUCUUUCCUGGAGAAAGUUUCCGGUGUCACCUUGCAGAGGAGCUAUGUCAUGUAGUUUUCACCACAGUAAUGACCAUCUUGGUUUCCUAUAUAAGGAAGGGAGCCAGGAUAAUUGAUUGAUUUAUGGGCUGAAACCAUGAAAAGAACAGAAACUGUUGCAAAAAGAAAGGGUUGCCAGAGCUAACUGUGGAAAAAUCUUUAAGCAGCUGAUUAUCAGGAACCACUAGAUGGAUAUUCACCAACAUUGAUAAAGAAUUUUGACACUGAUUUUGAUGUGCAGUAUUGAUAAAGAAAUUUGUGCAGGCAUAUAACCAUGUGAACUUGUCUCGAGACCCUAGUCCAAACAGAGACGGUUAUCGUAGUCCUCGGCACCACAGUCCAGUUAUGGCAGGAGAUGAAGGAAACUGUGAUAUACCUGUCCCUAUACAAUAUAUAGGUUGUCAGGACCUACUGGAAUUAAAAUGUACACACUGCGGAUGGUUGAGAAAGCGAAGAACACUUUCAUUAUUCUCAUGGCCUCAGGCAUAUAUUGUGCUACAUGAUGGCAGUUUAUAUUAUUUCAAAAACGAGAGAUCAAGGGCUGCUGCAGGAAAGUUCUCUCUGUACGGAUAUAAUGCUGUAUUUAGAGCCAGUGAAAUCCUUCCAAAAGAAGCACCAUGGUGUUUCAAGAUCGUCCACUCACAUAAAGAAUUCAAAACAUAUUAUUUCUCAGCCUCGUCUGAACAAGAGAUGAAAGUUUGGAUGAGCAAAAUUAAACUUGAAAUGUUACAUGCAAAUGGUAAAAGCGCUUUAUAUGGGAAGAAUUUACCGCAUGUGAAAGAAGAAAAGCCGGAUAAGACUUUGGACGAUCCAUCCUUCUACCAAAAUAUCGAGGAAAAUAUUUAUGACGAUUCAACAAAAUUUGUACCAGAAAAAGAUUACCAGAAAAAGUGCAGUAUUAAACGAAUGAAUGAAGAUUCUGAAGAUGAGGAGAUUGAGACAAACCCAGCGAUAGAUGAGCGACCACCUCAGCCGCUCCCUAAGGGAAAGGAACCUUUUAUGAUCUCAAGUGACCUUAAUAGUUGCAUAUUAGAACAACCUCCUCUGUCUCCACCCGUGAAGCCUCCAUCGAAACCUCCCAGAAUUGUAGGAACUCCGCCCCCAUCCACACCUCCUAGAGUUCACAGAGCCAUACCCCCUCCAGCAGACUCGCAGAAUCAAACUGAACUAAACAGUAAAAAAGUAACAGACGUUAGCUGCCUGAAUAACAUUCAGAAGAUGGCCUUAAAGAUAGAUGAACAGAUGGUGAAAAAAACUCCACUCGUCCCUCCAGCAAAGUCUCCAAAGGCUCGGAAUAAAAGAAGGCCAAAUAGUGAAGAAAUUUUACAUGAUUCAAAAGAAUAUGCUCUGGUGGCCUCACCUAAGGGGAAAACAGGAAUUGGGGGUUCUUAUGAGAAGACUGAUGGACCAGGGAACAAAUCUCCAACUGUUGGAAGAAGAGGUUUUUUCCGUAUAGUCCCUGAUGGUUCUGGGGGUGGUUCAACAGGAAGUGAUGACCCACAAUCAGACAUAGAGGAAGACUGGUCUGAUAUUUAUUUUCAACAAGACAAACAAAAAGCUAAUGAGAUUUUACAAACUAUUGGUGAGGAUGGGGUAUAUCUUGUACGACCAGAAAACAAUGGCACGGGAAAGGUAUUAGUUGUUUUUGUGAAGGAUCACUGCAGGAAGUACAGAAUUAUGACAGAGGAAGGAGAGCACUUUAUUCACAGAGAGGAUUACCGUGACAAGUCGGUGGAAAAUCUUAUGAAACAUUACUACCAUAACAACUUACCAACAAUGAGCUUGAAGUUAAAAAUGCCGUACAAACUUCAUCCUGUGUAUAAAGCCAUGUUUGCAUGAAAGUGAAUUUAUCAAGUGUAAUUUAUUAAAUAAUAUAUAUCUAUGGAAUAUUUUAAUAAAAUGUUUGAAAACAUGAAUAUAUUGAGUCGCGCCAUGGGAAAACCAACAUAGUGGGUUUGCAGCCAGCAUGGAUCCAGACCAGUGGAAUUUAUGAAUGUUUGAUAUUUUGAAAAAUGUCUAUACAAUGUAGAAUAUUUUGAUCAUUUUAAUUGAAGUUGUCCAACACAGUUCAAGACAGAUACAUGUAUCUCGGAAUGUAGGAGGGUUGAGCAAGAAGUAAUAUAAGUGGAGCCAUAAAAACGUGAAUCGAGAAAAGAAAACCACAAAAACUUAAUUGCUACCAAAGCACCUUGAUCCAUUCACAAUAAGUUUUGACAAUAUCAUAAAAAAUUAUUGCUAAUUGAUUGAGAUAUUGGUAUGCACAGAAUUUAGCAGGGUAACAAUGGUUGCCGCACGUAAGCGACAUUUAAGUUUGGUAGCACUUGUGUGCUGAAAAGAGAAUAUAUAUGUAUCAUUAAUAUUUUGUUAAAACUACUUAUGUAUAAUGACAUACAAAUUCAUUUUAUUUAUGUUGCACAUAUUUUUGCAUAUGGCAGUUAAUAUACAGUUGAAACUCGGUAUCUAGAAUUCCAAGGGAUCAAGUUCUUUACACCAUGAUAAUCGAAAAACUACAUUUUUUGCACAUGUUUUUGGGACUGAACUUAAAAAUGUCUUUGAGAUAACCAGAAUUUGAGAUAAGUGAGUUCUAGAUAUUGAGUUUAAACUGUAAUUAUAACACCAUUGUUUAUCUGAUACAGGCAGCAGCUGGUUCUGCUUGCUCUCCUCUUGUUACAAAAUAAUUCUUGUCAUAAUUAUUAAUGUUGAUGUGUGCUUUAAAUUAUAGCCACUUUCAUUAAAUAUCACAGAUUCUGUGAUCCUGUAAUAUACAUAUAUCAUGCAAUGCUGUGAGAAUUUUGGAGGCUGAUCAUGGUCUGCACUGUUCGCUAUUCAGUCAGUAACCUUUCAGUGAACACCUCUUGGAAUGAUAAAUGGUACAGCCCAAAUUGAAUGAUGGACCAGUCCAUUUUAGAAAUUUAGCAGGCUAAAGGUUAAAGGCCUGGCUGCUGAAUGCAAGUGGCUGCUGUAAACAGGGAGCCACUAAGGCAGGUUCAACAGUAUGUCAUCUUCAGAUAUAAACUGCUUAGAUACCAUUGAAGAACAAAAGAUCUGUAUUACAACAUGUGUACUGAUUGCUUAUUCGUUAUAUAUAAUUAUAUAUAUAUUAGUUAUCUUAGUUUAAUCAUUUGCAUAUCAAUUUAAUGUUUGUGCAUUCUGUGAUAAAAAUUGAAAAUUUGUGUAUGUAAUAUAGCAGGGCAAUUCUGACAUCUGAUUUAGUAUUAGAUAUUUUGAAAAGGGUACAAUUGAGCCACACCAUGAGAAAACCAACAUAGUGCAUUUGCAACCAGCAUGGAUCCAGGCCAGCUGCACAUCCUCGCAGUCUGGUCAGGAUCCAUGCUGUUCACUUUCAAAGCCAAGUGCAAUUAGAGAAACUGUUAACGAACAGCAUGGAUCCUGACCAGACUGCGCGGAUGCGCAGGCUGGUCUGGAUCCAUGCUGGUCGCAAAUGCACUAUGUUGGUUUUCUCAUGGUGUGGCUCAGAUAAUUAAUACGUUUUGAGAUGUUGGCCAAGUUGUCUUGUUACAGGGCUUGGGUCAAUAUUGUGUUUAAUAUUACAAAUGAGCACCAGAAAUUUUGCGACCAGUGUGUAUCCAAGCCAGUGUACAUCAAUACUGUUCGUUUAUCCCAAUAUCCAUACAAUUAGUUUAUCACAGAUCCAUACUGGCUGCAAAGCAGUAACGUUGGUUUUCACAUAGCGGUGCUCAAAUAUAAACCGUCAGUUUUGAUUUUCUUUGGCAUGAUAUGCAUUGCUUUUUGGCGAAAGUGCUAGGACACCAGACUUAUGAUAUUAAUUACUUACUCCCAUCCUAUUUUAAAAAGAACACAGAGGUCAAAUGUCAAAUUUUUUAUCUUUUUAUUAUGGUUCCUUGGAGGGAUUAUCAUAUAAUUAGAAAUGAAUGAUUACCUAGUCAAGGUCAAGGUCACACUUAGAGACCAAAGGUCAAAUAGCUUAUGGUUGAUCAUCAGUGGUUUACCACAUCAGUAUUACAUGCGCAGACCAUGACCAAGAUCACAAGUUUCAAUAUAAAAUGCUCCUACAAUCAGUUCUUAAGAAAAAAAAUAUAUUUACUUAAAGAAAUUAAAGAAAACCCCAGGUAAGAAUUACAGGAACCAAAGUUUAACAUUAAGUGCUUUAUUUGCCACUGUAAUGGGUACCUUUGGAUAUGCUGUUAAUGGAAGCCCUAGAAAACAAAUCCUUCAAAUGUUAGCAUUAUAAUUGAGCCGCGCCAUGGGAAAACCAACAUAGUGGCUUUGCGACCAGAAUGGAUCCAGACCAGCCUGCGCAUCUGCGCAGUCUGGUCAGGAUCUGUGCUGUUCGCUAACAGUUUCUCUAAUUGCAAUAGGCUUUAAAGCAAAAUGCAUGGAUCCUGACCAGACAGCGCAGAUGCGCAUGCUGGUCUGGAUCCAUGCUGGUCGCAAAGCCACUAUGUUGGUUUCCUCAUGGCACGGCUCAAUUAUAGUCUCAGAUUUCCCCUUCUGUUUGUGGUUUUUACCAAACAGCUUUAAACAGUCUAUAGGAAAAGCUUCCCUAUGGCUGCAGCAGUCUAUUAAAAAUGCUUGCAAAACAAAUGUUCUCUAUGAAUGCAGAAGCUUAAAAAAUAAAAUUAUGACUGCAUCAGUUUCGAUUUUGAGGGUAUUCACAGUUCAAUGUUGCAGGUAGCAGGCACCUGGUUGUUUCAGUGCUUCGAAAUUCAAAGAAAACAAGAGUUGAAUAAGUACAAUUUAAACUGUUAACAACAGUCAGAGUCUUGCAUAUCAUACUUUCUGUACUGAAAACCAAGUUUAGCAUAAUUAUGUCUCCCCCAGGAGACAUAUUGUUUUUGCCCAAUCCGUCCGUCCGUCCUUCCGUCCGUCCGUCAGUACGUCACACUUCAUUUCCGAGCAAUAACUGGAGAACCAUUUGACCUAGAACCUUCAAACUUCAUAGGAUUGUAGGGCUGCUGGAGUAGACGACCCCUAUUGUUUUUGGGGUCACUCCGUCAAAGAUCAAGGUCACAGGGGCCUGAACAUUGAAAACCAUUUCUGAUCAAUAACUAGAGAACCAUUUGACCUAGAACCUUCAAACUUCAUAGGGUUGUAGGACUGCUGGAGUAGACGACCCCUAUUGUUUUUGGGGUCACUCCGUCAAAGGUCAAGGUCAUAGGGGCCUGAACAUUGAAAACCAUUUCCGAUCAAUAACUAGAGAACCACUUGACCCAGAAUGUUGAAACUUCAUAGGAUGAUUGGUCAUGAAGAGUAGAUGACCCCUAUUGAUUUUGGGGUCACUCAGUCAAAGGUCAAGGUCACAGGGGCCUGAACAUGGAAAACCAUUUCCGAUCAAUAACUAGAGAACCACUUGACCCAGAAUAUUGAAACUUCAUAGGAUGAUUGGUCAUAAAGAGUAGAUGACCCCUAUUGAUUUUGGGGUUACUCCGUCAAAGGUCAAGGUCACAGGGGCCUGAACAUGGAAAACCUUUUCCGAUCAAUAACUAGAGAACCACUUGACCCAGAAUGUUGAAACUUCAUAGAAUGAUUGUACAUGCAAAGUAGAUGACCCCUAUCGAUUUUGGGGUCACUCCAUUAAAGGUCAAGGUCACAGGGGCCUGAACAUUGAAAACCAUUUCCGGUCAGUAACUUGAGAACCACUUGACCCAGAAUGUUGAAACUUAAUAGGAUGAUUGGUCAUGCAGAAUAGAUGACCCCUAACGAUUUUGGGGUCACUCUUUGAAAGGUCAAGGUCACAGGGGCCUGAACAUUGAAAACCAUUUCCGGUCAGUAACUUUGAGAACCACUUGACCCAGAAUGAUGAAACAUCAUAGGAUGAUUGGUCAUGCAAAGUAGAUGACCCCUAACGAUUUAAGGGUCACUCUGUUAAAGGUCAAGGCCACAGGGGCCUGAACAUGGAAAACCAUUUCCAAUCAAUAACUUGAAAACCUCUCGACCCAGAAUGUUGAAACUUAAUAGGAUGAUUGUUCAUGCAGAGUAAAUGACCCCUAUUGUUUUUGGGGUCACUCCGUUAAAAGUCAAGGUCACAGGGGCCUGAACAUUGAUAACCAGUUCUGAUCAAUAACUUGAGAACCACUUGACCCAGAAUGUUAAAACUUCAUAGGAUGAUUGAACAUGCAGAGCAGAUGACCCCUAUUGAUUUUGGGGUCAGUCUAUUAAAGGUCAAGGUCACAGUGGCCUGUUCAUGUAAAAUCAUUUUUUGGAAAUAACUUGAGAACCACUUGACCUACAAUGUUGAAACUUAAUAGGGUGAUUGGACAUGCAGAGUAGAUGACCCCUAUUUAUUUUUACUUCUAUUGACUUCUUGGCUAUAGGACUUUGCAUUGGGGGAGACAUGCGCUUUUUUACAAAAGCAUUUUCUAGUUUAUCAUACUUGUUAUGAUAUGUGCCAAGUCUAAUUUAUCAUACUUUCUAUGUUGCAUGCAUAUUCCAGCAUAUUAGUAUUCCUAUCCUGUGUGACAAGUCUAGCAUAUCAUACUACCUAUGCUCCAUAUCAAGUCUAGCAUAAUACUACAUAUGCUGCAUACCAAGUCUAGCGUAUCAUACUUCCUAUCUUGCAUGCCAAGUCUAGCAUAUCAUACUUCCUAUGCUGCAUGUCAUGUCUAGCAUAUCAUACUUCCUAUGCUGCAUGCCAUGUCUAACAUAUCAUACUUCCUAUGCUGCAUGCCAUGUCUAGCAUAUCAUACUUCCUGUGCUGCAUGUCAUGUCUAGCAUAUCAUACUUCCUAUGCUGCAUGCCAUGUCUAACAUAUCAUACUUCCUAUGCUGCAUGCCAUGUCUAACAUAUCAUACUUCCUAUGCUGCAAGUCAUGUCUAGCAUAUCAGACAUGCUGCAUGCCAUGUCUAGCAUAUCAUACUUCCUAUGCUGCAUGCCAUGUCUAGCAUAUCAUACUUUAUAUGCUGCAUGCCAUGUCUAGCAUAUGUAUGCCAUGUCUAGCAUAUCAUACUUCCUACGCUGCAUGCCAUGUCUAGCAUAACAUAUGUAUGCCAAGUCUAGCAUAUCAUACUUUCUAUGCUGCAUGCCAAGUCUAGCAUAUCAUACUUCCUAUGCUGCAUGCCAUGUCUAGCAUAUCAUACUUUCUAUGCUGCAUGCCAUGUCUAGCAUAUCAUACUUCCUACGCUGCAUGCCAUGUCUAGCAUAUCAUAUGUAUGCCAAGUCUAGCAUAUCAUACUUUCUAUGCUGCAUGCCAUAUCUAGCAUAUCAUAUGCAUGCCAUGUCUAGCAUAUCAUACUUCCUACGCUGCAUGCCAUGUCAAGGAUAUCGUUCUUCCUAUUCUGCAUACCAUGUCUAGCAUACCAUUAUUUCCUGUUCUGCUUACCAAGUCUAGCAUAUCAUACUAUCUGUGCUGCAUGCUUUCUACAGAAUAGGGUAAACAUUAUUUAUUACUGGGAGUGUUCAGAUUUUGGGUGUUGCUGCAUUAGAAGGGACCAUCUCGUAUUUCAUAUAUAUGAUUUGUACAAUUUGUUAUUUUAAGUUGUACAAGAAUCCUGCAAACAAAGGAGUUGUCUUGCAGUAUGUCGUGAGGUUUGUUACAAAAAAUUUGUGGUACAAACUACAUCAUCAAUUUCAUAGGAUUCCUCUGAAUUUUAUUCUCAAGACCACCAUGGUGUGUAGAUAUGCAUGGCAUAUUGUUAAGGGUUAGCAAAAGUAUUACAGAUUAAUGGGCUCUUGAAUAAAGACAAAAUAUAUAUACUACUGUAUUGGCACAUGGGUAUUGCAGGUGCAUAUUACUUUGGCCGUUUUGUAUGGAUACCAAUGAAACUAUGUACAUGUACGUGACAUAUUUCGAAGGGUCGGUUGAGGUAUUCUAGAAUCCAUCAGCUUAGACAAAAUGUCCAACUUCCUCUGACAAAUCAGUAUUGCUAGGGUAUUUAUCAUCUUCUGAAAUAGCUUUAGUGAGGAGACUCCGAGGUCACUACUAGGAGAGAAUAAAUUAAAAAACGAUAAUUUGGGCAUUCAGCUUCUUCUACUAUAUAAUCGUUUUUGUGGGCAUGAAAUUUAGUGGGCUAUUUCAUGGAUUUUUUUUUAGGAAAAAACAAAUAGGAAUUUUUUUUUGGCUGGUAUUUAAUUUCAUGGAUUUAUGAAACCAUGAAAUGCAUGAAAAUAAAUCCUCCAUGAAUAAGAAUAAUUUCACACUACAAAAACUGUUGAUGCCUCUGUUGCCUAAUGGUUAAGGUCACGGACUUCAAAACACUUGCCCUUUACCGAUGUGGGUUCGAGCGUCGCUAGGGAUGUUAAACUCUUCAUGUGAGGAUGCCAACCAGCUGGCUUACAGGUCUGUGGUUCUACCCAGGUGCCUACCCGUGAUGAAAUAAUGCAUGGAGGGGCACCUGGGGUCUUCCUCCUCCGUCAAAGCUGGAAAGUCACCAUAUGACAUGAAUUGUGUUGGAAGGAUGUUAAAGCCAACAAAACAAAUACAAAAAUUGUUAUAUUUGAGCAUUAAGAUUUUAUUAUUAUUUUAAAGAACCAACCUUGAUGUAAAAGAUGUAAGCAACAUCUGCUAACAAUUAAGGUCAUGUAAUAUAUAUGAGAAUUGUACAGUUCUUUAGUAACUUUAGAUUAAAACAGGUAUUUCACCUAUUUGCCUAACAUUUUCUUGUUUUUCAAACAAAUGCAAAUAAAUUUUGCAACAUAUAUGUAUAGUUUCAUUUGUACAGUACUUAGUGUAAAUAAAUAGUCUAUUAAUAUUGUUUCUGUUUUAGGUCACCUGAGCACAAAGUGCUUGCGGUGAGCUAUUGUGAUCGCCCGGUGUCUGGCCGGCAUCUGUCCACACUUUCCUUUAAACAACAUCUCCGAAACCAUUUAGUGGAAGUUGAUGAAAUUUGGCCUGGAUAUUCCUUUGGUUGUCCUUGUCCAAAGUUGUUCAAAUGGUUCCACUUGGGUGUACAUAGGGGCUGCCAGGGCUAACAACAUCUGUCCAUAAGACAGCCAAUGUUCGAUUAUUCAGAUUGUUGUCCCAGAAGCAGGAAUAUUACCAUAAAUGUUAAAAUUGUUAUAGAGUUUCAAUCCAGUAUCUGCAUUAGUUUUGGAGAUGGUAACUUGCCUGCAAAACUUUAACCCAGAUUUUCGAAGUUCAAAAGGGGGCGUAAUUUGGCCAAAACGCAUGUCAGUUAUGGGACUUGAUGCUAUCACCUAGUCUUAUAACCCCAAAGACACAUGUGAAGUCUCAAUUCAAUAUCUGCAUAUAACUGGCACACCAAACUUUAACCAGAAUUUUCUAUGUCCAAAAGGGGGCAUAAUUUGGCCCAAAUAAAUGUCAGAGCUAUAGGACAUGAUGCUAUCACCUAGUUAUAUAACCCCAAAGACACAAUGUGAAGUUUCAAUUUAAUAUCUGCAUUACUUUUAGAGAUAGUAACUUGCAUGUAAAACUUUAACCAGGAUUAAAAGGUUGCAUAAUUUGGCCAAAAGUCAAGAGUUAUGGGACUUGACCCAGUGAGGUUGCUAAUUGACCUAGAAAAAGAAAAAAAUAAGUUUCAAAGCUAUAUGCCUUUAAAUGAAAACCAUAUGUACUUGCAUGCAAAACUUUAACCAAGGUGUGACGCCGACGCGAGGGUGAGUAGAAUAGCUAGACUAUUCUUCAAAUAGUCGAGCUAAAAAUAGAAAAACCUUUAAACGACAUCUCCUAGAUGGCUGGUCCGAUUUUGAAAUAAUUUCAUACAAAUAGUAUAUGUAACCCUCCAUCAAGAUUAUUCAAAUUAUCCCGAUUCGUCUAAAAGCAUGGCUACCAGGGGACAUGGUCACUUUUUCCUAUAUGUACUGGAAACUUUAAAAAUCCUGUAUGAAACAGCUGGCUCAAUUAAAAAAAAAAUCACAUAAAUAAUCCUUGUGUGACCCUCUAUCAAUAUUGUUCAAAUUAUUCCGAUUUGUCAAAAAACAUGGUUGCCAUGGGGUGUGGUCGAGUCUUCCCUAUAUGCGUAUAUUGCAAAAUUUAAAAAUGUUCUUGUCAGAAACAGCAGGCCCAAUUUUAAAAUCAUUUUCAGAAUUUAAUAUAACUGCUGGCCCUUUACAAAGAUUUUACAAAUCUACUGUUUCGUAAUAAUUUCACAGACAUUUUCCUUGCAUAAUUAUCUUCCAGAACUGUUGAAGCAAGCAGUGUAUCUUGGGUGAGCAAACUAGGGUCAUCAUGGACCUCUUGUUAGAAAUAAUUUUAUAUCAAAUCACUUUUAAAUCAAUUAAAAGUUUGAUGCAGUUUUCAA